CUUAGAAACCCUAAUACUUCUUCACAAGUUGCAUUGCCGCUUCUAGAGAGUUUAUCCGUGAAGCGAUCACUGCUACUCGCCAAUCUCCGAUCCGUGCCAUCUUGGAUUUCCGGUCUGUUCUGCUCCGAGCAUCUCCUUCUCCAAUUAGUGAACCCAUCUAGAGGAUUUAAAGGUGUGCAGAGAGCAUUGCCCGAACCAAAACUGAAGAAAAUAAAAAAUGGAGGAGGAAAUUGGGCUUUUAGGGUUGGGAAUCAUGGGGAUGGCCAUGUCCAGAACCUUGCUCCGCCAUGGCGCUAAUUUGACUGUAUGGAACCGGACCCCUUCUAAGUGUGAGCAGCUGGUGGAAUAUGGAGCUUCAGUAGCUGAAACCGCUGCAGCAGUAGUUAAGAAGUGCAAAUAUACCAUUGCGAUGUUGUCUGAUCCUUCUGCAGCUCUUUCUGUGGUUUUUGAUAAAGACGGUGUUCUUGAGCAAAUUUGCAAAGGAAAAGGUUACAUUGACAUGUCAACUGUUGAUGCUGACACGUCUUCGAAGAUCAGCGAGGCAAUCACGUCAAAAGGUGGUUCUUUUCUUGAAGCUCCAGUUUCAGGUAGCAGAAAGCUUGCCCAAGAUGGUGAAUUGGUAAUUCUUGCUGCUGGGGUGAAGGCACUCUAUGAGGAAGCACACUGCCUUUUCGAUAUCAUGGGGAAAAAGACAUUUUUCCUUGGGCAUGUUGGAAAUGGAGCAAAAAUGAAACUUCUUGUGAACAUGUUAAUGGGGAGUGUGUUGGCUGCAUUUUCAGAGGGAGUUUUACUGGCUGAAAAAAGUGAAUUGGACCCUCAAUCUAUUCUCAACGCAUUGGACCGAGGUGGAUUUGCUAAUCCAUUGUUAUUGACGAAAGGAAUCUCCAUGAUUGAAAGUUGUUACUCUCACGCAUGUCCUCUGGAACAGCAGUUGAAGGAUAUGAGGUUGUCUUUAGCCCUUGGGAAUGAGAAAGCGGUAUCAAUGGAAGUGGCAGCUGCUGCCAAUGAUGCAUUCGAGGAAGCGAGCAUCAUGGGUUUUGGGGGCUAUGAUUUUUCAGCUGUGCACGAGGCGGUGAAGGACCUAUCGAUACGACGCCGUAUAGAUUAAGCCUGAUGGCUGUUAUAAAACUUCUUUGGUGAUUAUGGAAGCCAAAGCUGUGCGUUCCAGCUAAAAAGUACCACCGUGUGAUGAUGACGUGCUUCUAAUGAAUUGCAAAGGCUUAUAACUAGUGAAAUUUUUUGCUUUUCUGCUGGUUGGAACAGUAAAAAUUGCAAAUAUGAAAUGUAUCACGCGGUUUGUUCUAGUUUUGGUUGCAAACCUUUCUUUUUGUGUGCGUAUUAAAUCAACCUAAGAGACAAAUAAUUGUAGGCAAGUGGUCUGUACGUGUGAAUCAAUCUUCAAAUACCAUGUCCGCUUGAAUCUUUGUGCGUGAUCAAUUUAUGCUAAAUUCUCUACUGCACUUCAAACA